AUGGGGCAUAAGAAACGUUCGAGGAGUCGUGAAAGAUCUAGUGAAGAAAGAUAUUCAAAAAGAUUGAAGAAGGUCGAAGAAAGAGUGGAUGAUAUCUUUGCGAUAUCACUGAGUUUUUCAAGGCUAAGACCAUGUAUUUUUUGUAAUUCCAUAGAUGAUUCUGGACUUGUUCCUCCGGGUGAUCCAGAUGCGAAGGUUGCAGACUCAUCUGAGGAGACAGACUCUGGUAGAGUGGUUAAUGAUUCUUCUAAUAAUACUGAUUCAACAUCUCAGGAAAAUUCUUCGAAGAAAGAAUCGGAGAAAAAUACGGAAGUUCCUGUUAUUGAUCUUGAUCCACCUCCAAAUAUUACUGCUAAUUCUGCUCCUACAGCCAAAACUACGGAACUUACAGCCAAAACUACGGAUUCUACUCAGGUAGAAGGGAGAAGAGUUCUGAGGAUAUUCCGUGGGCCCUCGAUGAUACUGUUCUUGAGAUUAUGGGUGCUGAGCCGGCUGCUGAUGAACCUCAACGGUCUUAAAAAGGAGGAUAAAGAAUCGUUAUUAAAAAAAUACCCGAGAACUGGGAAGUUUUCACUAGAGCCUCCUAUUCUUAACAACGAAGUAUCGGGAAGUCUGAAGGAGUCCGCGGUAAAGAGAGAUACCUAUUUUUACUGGACACAGAAGCUUGCGGGUUCGGCAUUGUCAGCUCUUUCUCCAGUCAUUGAGUCUCUUGCGACGUCUAAGGCUCCUGAAGAUGUAAAAAGAUUGGAUAAUGUCUGGGCUGCAUCUAAAAUGCUCAUUGAAAUACAUCGUUCGCAGACUGUUAUUGCGUCAACAUCCUCUAGCAUCAAAGCUUACCCUGGUUGCCGCCAGGCUAUCAGCGAAGCGCUUAUAAAUAGAGGGACACCGAAAGAAGCAGUUGAUAUCAUGAUAGCUUCACUGGAGGAAUCUACUAUUAAACAAUACAAUGGGACGUUGAAAUUAUGGUGGCAUUGGAAUAUUCAAUGUGAUGAGAACCCUUUGAUAGUUUCAUCUGAGAAAACGCUAAAAUUUCUGACCGAGAGAUUUGACAACGGUAUCGCUCUCAAUUCUGCCAGAGCAGCAUUACCGCUGAUUUCUAACGAAAGUAUUGGCGGUAAUCAAUUAAUUAGCAGAUUUAUUAAGGGUUCAUCAAAAAUAAGGCCAAGUCUACCGAAAUAUGACGAGACCUGGGAUGUUGAUCCGGUUCUUUCUUUAAAAAAGCUAACUGAAAAAUUAGUCGUACUUUUGGCAUUGGGAACUGCCCACCGGGCACAAACUCUGUCUUUAAUUAAGAUUUCAAAUAUUAAUACGUUGGAAACUCGAAUAGAAAUUCUUGUUGUCUUACCGUCUGGUUGCUGCAUGCCAGGUGUAAUGGCUCGUAAAAAAUCAUCUGGUGUCAUGAAGAUUUCAUUACCUUCCGAACUCGAAAUCAGUACUGUCGCAAAAUAA